ACGUGUUAGCAAAACCCUGUAUUUUCAAUUGAUACCUAUGCUUAGGUACAAUACAAUCGUGGGUAGCUGAAAGAGAACCCAACGUUAAAAUUUCUUGAGCUCUCUCCCUUAACAAAUUCGCCGCAAAAUCGCAGAAAAUCGGAAUCAGAAAGUGCCGUAAAACUGUCGAAGAGAAAGAGAGAAGGGCAACAACCUGCCAUGGGUGUUGACUACUACAAGCUUCUGCAGGUUGAUCGGAACGCCAAAGACGAUGACUUGAAGAAAGCUUACAGAAAACUCGCCAUGAAGUGGCAUCCUGAUAAGAACCCUAAUAACAAAAAAGAAGCUGAAGCCAAAUUUAAGCAAAUCUCAGAAGCUUAUGAUGUAUUGAGUGAUUCUAACAAAAGAGCUGUUUAUGAUCAAUAUGGGGAAGAUGGGUUGAAGGGUCAAAUGCCACCACCACCUGAUUCUCAUGCUUCUGGUAGUGGUGGUAGUAGAAACUUUUCGCCUGAUGACUUUCCGUAUCAGUUCAAUCAUCGGACUCCUGAUGAUAUUUUUGCUGAGUUUUUUGGGGAUCGAAAUCCCUUUGGUGGAAUGGGAGGGAUGGGAAGAGGUAGCAAUGGCAUGUUUGGAUCCUAUGGUGAUGCUGGAGGAAGUGGAGUCAAUGUGCAUCAAGGUCCUCCUCGUAAGGCGCCUCCUAUUGAGAACAAGUUGCUAUGCUCUCUUGAGGAUAUAUAUAAAGGGACCACUAAGAAGAUGAAGAUCACCAGAGAAAUUCUUGAUCACAGUGGCAAAACCAUGUCGUUGAAUGAAAUCUUGACAAUUGAUGUCAAACCUGGAUGGAAGAAGGGGACAAAGAUCACUUUCCCCGAGAAGGGAAAUGAACAUCCAAAUACGAUACCUGCUGAUAUCAUUUUCGUCAUCGAUGAAAAACCACACAAUGUGUUCACUCGUGAAGGAAAUGAUCUAAUUGUUACUCAGAAAAUUUCUCUUGCAGAAGCUUUAGCUGGCUGUACAGUGAAUCUCACUACACUUGAUGGUAGACAUUUGACUGUAGUGAUCAACAAUGUUGUUCAUCCCGAGUAUGAGGAGGUUGUUCCAAGAGAAGGAAUGCCACUCCCAAAGGAUCCAACAAAGAAGGGAAACUUGAGGAUAAAGUUCAACAUCAAAUUCCCAACUCGGCUCACUUCGGAUCAGAAGGCAGGAAUGAAGAAAGUCUUGGCUGGAUAAAGUAAGAUAUUCAUUGGUACAUCUUUUGGGGCUAGUUUACAUGAACAAAAUGUAUAUUAGAUUACCAUAAUCUUGACAGGAGGCCAUUGGGAAAUUUGGUUGUUAUGGUACAGAAUAAUAUUACUUAGUAUAGUAAUCUAUUUUUUGGAAUGAUAUUUUGGUCUAUUUUAUGGUUGGUUAGACAAUGCGUUAAAUUGGGUUUUAUUUAUAACAGUUGUUAAUGUUCCAUUAAAUUUUUUGGGUACAUGCUGAAUACCAACAUUAUUCAACUUCAUGGAA